UUCUCGGUCAUGCCGAAAUAGAGUGCCGCCGCUUCACCCAAGACGAGGAAACGACCACCCAGAUUCGUAGACGCGAGUCGUCGGAGAGCGCAGCGCCGGUCACUCCAUACCCGUCCGCCUUUAAACAUAGAGGAGCACACAGCCACUCCAAAGCGCCGCCGCCACGCUCACAGGAAAUCACUUCAAACUGAUAAUUUGCACUUUGCAGUAAAACCUCAGAAAAGCCCUAAUCACCAAAAAAAUUUCUAUUCAUCCGCAAAAACUAUUUCUGGAGAAAUAACUAAUGAAUUCACGAGAGGAUAUAGAAAUCGGUGCUUUGAAGGACAGCAUCAAUCAUCUGAAAAUCACAGAUUUAGCGUCGUCUUCUAACGGAGACAAUUCUAGCAUAGUAAAAGAAGACCAUGGCUGCGGCGUGCAAAUCACCUGCUUCUCCGAAGUCUCCCAAGAUGACGUCAACCUCCAUUUCCAGAUAAUCCGCCUUCAGAAGCAGAUAUAUGUAUGGAUAGGCUGCAACUCUGCAAAGUUUGGACAUCUAUAUGCAGCUGCUUCUACACGCCCUAGCAACACAGUUGCUGUUACUUGCUUACUUGGAGGAUCAUCUGAUAAUACAGGAUCCGGAAUUGCACGUCGAUUAGUUUUGAAGACUGGCCUCAAUAUAGUAGUGGCUUCUAAUAUCCCAAAAAAUAGCCCCAUGCUUGAGGGAGAAGCAGAGAAAAAGUUGAUGCAAAAGCUUAUAAGUCUAGGGUACACAAAGCCAAGAUCUCAAGCACCCUCUGCAUGAUGAAAGAACUAAUGCUGUUGCAAUAUGCUUUGAAGCUUUUUUUUUGCCCUUGGUAGAUUGCCAAUGCCAUAUUUCAGUACUGGCUAGUUAAAGCACAUUUGCUAUUUAUGGCAUUAGGAAUGGGAGAAAGUGCAUAGAAAAAGCUUAAGUUGAUUGGAUCUUUGCUCUGUUUUGAAGCAAAGGGGACUGUUUCUUGUUGUGCUAUUUCUUCAAAAUUGAAAAUGUAUUUUAUUGUCAAAAAGUUUAUCUUGAAAAUUAAGGUUGGAUUUUAGCUAUCAGAGAAAGAUUAGACAUGGUUUUGCACAA